AAUAUAUUAUUGAAAGUGUAACUAAUUUGUUAAAAUGUUAAUAACAUGUUAAAAAUGUAGGUUAAAAUGAUAAUAACGAGACUUAAAAUGUUAAUAAUGUAGCGACUGCGAAGGGAGGCAACGCCGGGUAGGACUGACGCCGAAGGUAAGCUACGCUCGGUAGGAAGACGACGACAACCGUUGAGGGUCGGAAGCUGGGGAGUGCUGUCGGAGACGGAAGCGAUGUCGAUGCUAACGAGAGAAGUAGGUCGUUGGUGGACUGGGCCGACGAUGACGAUGGGAGCUGGCAGCCGAUGGCGGAGAACGCUUGCGGGAGUAGAAUCGCCGGCCGGAGUGCUCAGCAGGAUGGAAAAUGGACCAGCGACGGCAACAAAAGCUAGGUUUCGGCGUUGGUGGACUGGAACGACGACGACAAAGGGAGCUGGUUGUCGUCGGCGGAGAACGCUUGCGGGAGCAGAAUCGCCGACCGGAGAACUCAGCAGGAGAGACGGCUGAAGAAGGUGUUUUGAUUUGACAGAGAAACAGUUCAGAUGCUUGCGGAAGGAAAAAGAUAAAGACGAUACGUGGGCAUAUACAUCAGUAGGGUUACGUUUUUCAAUUUAAUUGUAAUUCCCUUAAUAAUCCCAACAACUAUUUAACUAAUAACUCCUCACUAACUACUUAAAGUUGAAUCAGCCAAUCACAAUACUUUAAGAUAUUUUUUAAGAAAAAAAGGUUUAAGGACUUGAACUUAGGCCGGAGACGAUGGAGAUACAAGGAGACAUUUACUUUCAAUAUUGGCAGGGAAGUGACGCUCUAAGAUAUCGGCAAAGAGACCAUGUUUUGUGGACAAUCUACAUAAUAGCUUGAACCCAUAUGCUUACUCUCGGGUGACUUUGGGCUGCAUCCUCCAUCCAACAUAUUGACCAUCCAUUCACCAUAUUUUGUGUUAGUUCUGGCUAGGUCAGUCCAUAUCCGUGGACCGCAGUAACCGUACAUUUAACCAUCUCUAAUUUAUGAAAUACACAGGGUAAUAUGUAUUUCAUCGAAUGCAAAGUUCUAGAAGUUAGAAUAGGUGGCGCUACGCUAGAUAUUGACACAUUAAUGAAAAAAUAAAAGAAACUCCAUUGAGUACUUUUAAGAGAAUUAUACAUCAAAUAAGAACACGUUUCUACU